AUGAAUUGGAGGGGCGUCUUCUUCGUGCUUCUGCUGGUGGUGGGAGAAGCACCGGUUUGGGCGCGGUGGGAGAGGUGGCGGCGACUGGAGGGCACUGGGCAGCGCGGGGAGACGUUACCGGCGGCGCGGUUGGAUGCCGGCGGCGGCGGCGGCGGCAACAUGGUUUAUGGGGCGUCGGCGAGGAGGGUGCCGCAGGGCGCCAACCCGCUCCACAACUGA